GGAGUAUUUUAUUACUAGUAUUUCACCAAUUUCAGUAUUUCGUGGGUACCCUUAUUCAUAAAAGACAAGUUCAAGAUCCUCUCAGCCAAAAAAAAAAACUCAAGUUUCUCUGCAAAUUAUUGGGCUGUUGCAGGUGUUGAUUGUCUGGUUCAACAUCAUUCAAAAACUAGCUUUAAAGGCUGGAUCUGGAACACAUUUAUUUAUACUUGAGGGUAGGGAAACAUGGCACCGACAUUAGAAGCAAUUAGAGGUGGUGGAGGUUCUGUCAAGGUAGGUACCAUUGGAACAGUCGGUUCUUUGAUGACAAGGGAGAUUGAAUCUUCAAGCUGCACAUCAACUCCGCGUACCCCGGUUUCUGUUGUUCGUGGCAAUGGCCCUCUAAAGCCACGAAAAUCAAUGAGUGAAACAAGUAGCAGUAUUACUACCACCGGUAUUAAGCAUGAAGUUCUCAGGACAACAAAAACUCAAAAUCUUAGCACAACAACUACUCCUAGAAGACUGAAACAAAAUACACCAUUAGAAGACGUGGGAAAUAAUAACCAGGGAAUAAGCAAAAGAAGCCUGGAUUUACCAGGAAAAACACGGAGCCACAAACACAGCUAUCAUAUCCCUAUGCUUGGCUCUGAAAAUAUCCAUUUGGAGAAAACUCCUAUUCGUGAUAAACCCAUGAAGAAAGGAUCUAAUAUUGUUGAUAUAGUGGACAUACGCUGUGGGAGACCAGGGGGUUCCAUAAGCAAUAGGCUGAAGAAGCUCAAUUUUUCAAAACUUUCUCAAAGCUUCAUGUAGUUGGAACUUCUGGACUGUUUAUCAGUCAGUCAGUCUUCAGGUUUUUAUAGUUAAACCCAACAGCAGAGCUCAACCUUUUGCUAUUUGAAACAUCAACCAUUGAACACAUGUUUGAUAAGAACUUGCUUCCUCCUCGUUUCUUCUUUUUUUGAGAAAUAACCACUAAUUUGGGGUUGGGCUCUCGACCAAUAUCUCUGCUGCUGCUGCAUACUUGAUCUGAUUGACAGUAGUGUUUUAUCUCUUGCAUUAUGAGAGAGCCAACAGUUCCUUUGGUGCCGAUUUCAACAGGAGCUUCUGUAGCCAUUUCUAUUGGUAUAUGUAGUUCCUGUGAUUAUAUUUUUGGGGUUGGGAGGUUUGAACUUUUUGGGUAGGUUGGGUUGUGUAUGGUCUGGGGAUUCUGUUAUCCUGUCUUAUACUCGGGGGAUUUGUUCAUGAACUUCUUGCUUCAUGGUUGUUCUUUAUCUAAAGGUUACUGUCAUGGGACACUUAAUAGCUGGAGCCUUAGAGCUAAUUGACAUGGUUGUUGUGGUCACCGUGAUCUUGUGUUUGCAGGUAUAUAUAAAUAUCAUCUUGCAUUUACUUCCCUUGCUUUUUAUAGCUUGGGACCCUAUUUAAUUUUGUUAUUAUCUAGUACAUUAUCAGUUGGGAGCUGGGUGUGUAA